GCCGAAGUUCGAACCGAAACACCCACGACGUCUGGAUUCUUGCACGCUCAUGCAGUCAGGGGAGUCCCUACCAUCAGGUAACACACUGAGCGCGUCGCAGACGCGCACAAAACGAUCCAAAGUGCAGUCAUGUGACUCAUGUCGCAGAUGUAAAACACGAUGCGAAAUUCUCAACCCCAAACGCAGUCCUGUACGAUGUCAUCGUUGCAAUGUUCUCAAGAUAUCUUGUUCCUAUGAAUCUAGGGGGGAAAAGGCUCCUGCACCAGAAUAUUCUUCAAAUUCGUCUGGCUUAAAUACGGAACCUUCACUCCAGGUUGUCUACGCUUUAGGAGUGGAUACUAGGCAACUUGAGAUAGACCGGCCUCCUGAUGCUGACAUCGCGUCUGGUGCUGGUAGCAAUGGUAUACGGCCCGUAAUCUGGUCGUUCGUCCGUCAGAACCUUGACUGGUCGGCACCCAUUUUGGCAAUGCAGGAGCUGGCGAGACAACCUUCCCAAGAACAGUCGCCGGUGCCUGUCAUUGUAAACAGCCUACUUCUUUCCAAUAUUCUCACUCGAGUAGAAAUUGAACAUCUCCUCAAAUUAUUUUCAGUCAAUUAUUCUCCUUGGCUAAACUUCUAUUUAGUCCAAGACGGACCUACACCAUUUCUAGACCUCGUUUGCUGCACGAUUGCGUCGCGCUACCUUGACCUUUCCACCCGGUCUGUUGUUGGACCCCAGCUUCAAAAGUUGACGGAAGACACUAUCGCUAGAGUGGUCUUCAAUCCCGAAAUGUUUGAGUCCGAAGACACAAUACAAGGUCUCAUCAUUUUAUCAUUGUGGGCUCCUAUCUGCGGUUCGACGAAGGGUGGAAGUGGUGACGGUAGGAUGUUAAUAGGCAUGGCUAUCACCAUGGCCAUGAACCUUCGAUUAGGCGAAGCGGUUGCGACCGCAAUCAGUCUGCGAAAUAGUAGACUUCUAGGCGAGGGCGACCAAGCAGCCUUGGAGAAAGCUCUCAAUAAAGCUAGACUAUGGAUGACACUGUCUACGACUGAGUCUAUGCUCUGUGUUGGGACACGCCGUACGCCCUUAACCAGUCGGUCUGCUUUCGACUGGACGAUAUUUCCCAUAAUAUCACCCUCGAAUUCAUCCGAUGGACGCGAUUUGCGGAUACGACUGCUCGCAGAAAUAUUCGAUUCAACAGAACAGGGUUUAAAAGUGCAGUUCGCAAGUCGCGCAGACAUGGAAACUUGGUUCAACGAAGUAACAAACGUGCUCUCAGCCAUGGAUAGGCUCUCGAGACUGAUAUCGCCGCUGUCAGUGGUCUCGAAUCACGACCGAUUCCACUAUCACAUGCUUUUUCUGCUCCUUCAAUGUUGCCGGCUUCUAGUUCUCUACAACGCUAUCUUCAUAGCGAGACAUGUUACCAGUACGGCACGGAGAUGGUUUUUAGAGAUUCAGCCAUACGACCUAAAUAUCAUCCCAAUCUGGUCAAAGGAAUGUUUCUCUAUAGGGGAGGCUAUCAUGGUGUCGCUUCUACAAUGCGACAAGAACCUUCUUCCAACGACGCCGGAUGUCCUGUUCACCAUGAUGGCGUUUGCGGGAGGACUAAUCGUCGGGGCUAAAUUGCUGAUGCUGGACAAGAAUGGGAUAGAGUUCCUCGGAUGUGGAGAUGCUUUGUAUGAGCAAAGUGUGCGGGUGCUGGGUGAUGCGGCGAUUUCUCCGGAUCAUGCUGCUGGAAGGUGUUCGGUGUUGAUGGGUGCUAUGCAUGCCUCGUGGAUGGAGAGGCGGAGGGGAUCGGAGCUGGAGAAAGUUUAUCUGGGAGCGCAUUCUCAGCCUGUAGGGUCAGGUCUUUCUCUCGGAACUAAGGCGGAAGCAGACAGGCUUGGCGACCAGAGUGCGAAUAUCGACAUGUUUCAGGACCUGGAAUUUUGGUCGACUUUCUUUGGUGGGGGGAUGGGAUCAGAAUCGUCGGCAUUCUUCUCUCAGGACAAUUCCGGUGAGAUGUAUACCUAGAAGUGUGAUUUAUCGAACAUUAUGUAUUAUCUAUUUGUGUGUAACUGUACAUAUUGCAAGUUAAGUUGCUUGCCAAUGCAAGUGUCGCCGAAGUUGCGUAUGCAAUUAACGGCACGGACGUGACGCG